AUGCCAGGCAUCGAAAAUGUCGGCGUUUUUUCCACAGUCGGCACGCUAUUGGACCAAUCGCUCCAGAAUUACCAACGAGCUUACGAUUAUCUCAAAGUAGCUGGAAACCUUUGGGGAACACUUGACGGGUCGAUGGCAUAUGGCCUUCAGAACAACAUUUAUGGACAGCAAAAUAUUGGUGGCAUUCAGCAAUACAAUUACGUAAACCAACCCGAUCUUGAUUUCAGCUUCCACUACAGCGUCGGAAUGAACCUUAGCCAAACAACAUGUAUCGAUCCCAAUUAUUUCAAAGGCCGCGGCGACGAACUAGCGGAAAUGACAAGAAUCUUGAGCCCAAUUCAGAAGCCUCCAAGACAGCAAUGUCUAACAAUUAAUGGCAAGGGAGGCCUGGGGAAAACCCAGUUGGCUAUCGCAUACGCAAAGCUCUAUUGUGAGCGUGGCUCCCCGGCUUACGACUCGGUUCUUCUGCUUAAUGCAACAUCAAAGUCGAAGCUGAAGGAGAGCUUUAGACGAAUCGCGAAAAGGAUAUUUAAAAAGAUGCCGGAAAGCGAAGAUGCCGUACACCAUACACUGCGGUGGUUAUCGGACCCGAAGAAUACAGGGUGGCUAUUGAUAUUCGAUGAAUAUGAUGACCCUGAUCAAUUCGAUAUUAGCAACUAUUUUCCCGGGGGCGCCCACGGCUCGAUCUUGAUCACUACUCAAUCUCCGACUUCUGUGCCUGGUAUCUCCUUUUGUUUGCGGUCUCUGGAUGAGGAGGGUAGUCUGGCGGUCCUAGCAGCCCGAUCUGAACGAGCGAACAGUCCGACAGAUCCAGCUGCGAAAGAGAUUGUCAAGCUGCUUGGGGGACUUCCCUUAGCACUGGCUACAGCCGGGGCCUACAUCCGGCGCAAUAAAUGCACCUUUGAAUACUAUCUCAAGGAGUAUAAGGACCAUUGGAUCUUCAAUUCCUACAACUACAUGAGACUCCCGGAGUAUAACAAAACGCUACAUACGGUCUGGAACAAAUCAUUCACAAGGUUAAAAUCAACGUCCCCGGAGGCGGCCAAAUUACUCGUGUGGUUGGCCUACUUUGAUAACCCGAAAGUCCAACACGAGCUCAUUCCGCCGGGAAGAGGGAAUGUACCCGACUACUGGCAGCACCAGAUGAAGACAGAAGAUAGGCGUAUUCGGCAUCUGAUGGAGAUCUUGGUGGAGUUUUGCUUUUUGGAUGUCACACGAAUAGAGGGAAUGUUGAAUAGAGAGGUUUAUCCAGAGUUCCACUGCGACACCGAUAAUUUUGCAGCCGCAACGGAAAAGCGGGUCGCCUCAGCGGCCCUUUCAUAG